ACGCAGCCGCGAGCGCGACCGCAGCCCGUUGCCGCAUGCGCACUUCUAAGGGAAAUAUAAAACGGAAGAAUUUCAGUUUUGUAAACUUAUUUUAAGUUUAAUUUCAAAAUUGUUAUAACGACCAAACUGUGACAAAAGAUGAUUUCUUCUUCAUGCUUUUCAAACCUGUCGCCGUGGAUCUCUGUUGUCGCGUUGCCAUGGUAACGCAGCACAUGGAGCUCAUCGGUAGCAGUUACAAAGGAGAUACAAAAAAUGGCAGGAUGGAUGGAAAAGGAGAUUACACCUUUCCCACAAAUUCCAAGUAUGUGGGAGAGAUGAAAGAUGGGAUGUUUCACGGCAAAGGAGUGCUACACUUUCCAAAUGGAAGUAAAUAUGAGGCCACCUGGGAGAACGGCAUAGCUAAACAGGGGUCAUUCACCUUUGCUGAUGGUCUGCAGUAUCAAGAGAAGGACUGGGACUACUGCGAUGGUUACGACAGGCGCUUCUACAGUGAGAGGUGUAAUGGACUCAGACCUGCAGGAGAAUCUCAGCUAACUGAUCUGCAUCCGCCACUCAUCAUUCCUGAUGGAUGUUACGAUUGUGGAGAUGGUUUCUAUGACCCAAAUACCAGAGUCGUCCACUCCUACACUGGCAGAUUCCUCAGGAAUGCAGUUCUUGAGAGGAAUGCUCCUGUAUGAUUUUAGUUUUCCACUCUGGGAGGUGAAGGGACAUUUGUCAGAGUGGGUGUGAAGACAGAAUUUAUUGCCUUAUGGCUUCCGCCCAGGAUGAAGUCUGUGAGGGGUGAUGGGACACAGGGAAGGCCCACCCCCCCAGAGGGGACGUUUGCUGCAGCAAGGAAAGAGGAAGGAGCUCCCCGUGUAGCCGUUACAACUGGUGGAUGUAGGACAAGGAAGACAUGAGCCAGUGAAGACAACGCCUCCAAUCUGGAAAUGUUGCAAAAAUGAUGCGUAUGGAACUGCUUUGAAAGUGCAGAUGAUUCAAGUUUUUCUCCCUUGAACUGAAUGUCGUUGCUAGGAAAUAUCAGGCUAAACUUUACUUAUUGGCCAAAACUGACCUAUUUGCAAAGUCCUGCUCUGCUUAGUUACUGUUGCUAACUUGGACAAACAGUCCUUGUCGGCAUAGUGCCAAGUAGCAAAACAAUAGGAUCUGUUGCUAAUAUUCCCCAGGAGGUUAAAGAUUAUUUUUGGAGUUGAACCGAUUUCUUGUCAUCAAGGAUCUGCCGAUACGCCUGCAUGGAUGUCAAGAAUAUGUCAAGAAUACUGGUACAGCAUGUAGACAUGAAGAUGAUAGAGGAAAAGGAGGGUGGUGAGAGCAAGUGUGUCAGUUGGGAUUAUUAAGUGGGAACCCCCCCAAGCUGUGACAUCCCUGAAACACUGACUCUCUGCAGUGAUCCAUAAUUUACGGAUCCUGGUUUUACAUUACCUCGUACAAUUACUUAAAAAUUUAGAAUUUAGAAUUUCUGGGCUGGUUAUACAGUAGCUCAGGUGGUAAGGCAGGUCGGCCGUUAACUGUAGGGUCGGUGGCUUGUUCCACAUGUCGAGGUAUCCUCAAGCAAGACACUGAACCCCAAAUUGCUCUCCAAAUACAAGUCAGCUUGGAUAAAAGCGUUUGCCAGAUGAAUGCAAUGCAAACAAUGCUAACAAUGGCCGUACACUUGAUGGCCCGCUCAACACUUUAAAAAAACAUUGUACAUUAAUAGACUGGUUCCAAUUCUAAACUGUCCACCAGACAAGUCCUGCAAAAACUCAUCACACAAAUAAAUGUACUCACUGGUUUUGGGCAAGGACCAGGGAGCAUUUUCAUGGAUUAGAGUAGUCGUCACUGGCCGUUGACCAAAAUUACUCCACGAGAAAAAGGGAGCAGUCUUUUUUAACCUGUAGAGGAUGACAAGUGGCUUCCUUUACUGAUACAUGAAGCAACUGGCCUGACAUUGGACAUUGCUUCAGAGCUUCCAAUUUUCUCCUUAAUUAAAUUUGUUUAAUUUAAGGAAAGAAAAGCCAUUCGCACACAUAAUCAUGCUUUAUUUCGUAUCUACAAUUCCAAGUUCAUGUAUCUGCUCAUUGGGGUUUACAGCCUUUGAGAGGCAGGGAGUCACAUCAUCGUCCAGAUAUCAGUGAUUUGUUUGGAUAAUGAACUUAAGUUAUUCUUUUAUGAACAAUUUGUUUGAAAAGUAGACAGGCCAGGAGACAGACAUCUCAGCUGUAAAAGUCAUCUCCUGCAAUACAUAGAUAAGGGAAGGAAAAGAACAUCUUGAGUGUGUGCGUGCGUGCGUGCGUGCAUGUGCGUGCGUGCGUGUGUGUGUCAGUCAGUGAUGAGUGACUGCAGGUGGAAGAUGAACAUUCAGGGAUCACAGACUUUGUUUCUGGCUGACGUUCUUCCCAACCUUCUUCAUCCAAACUCUACUUUACACACCACAGCGAUGAGUCAUUACAUAUUACACUGCAGUUUGCCAUGUCUUCAGCUUAUUUCUCACUAUGUGGGUAAACCAGCGAAUCUGAAAAGAAGAAUAAAACAGCAUGUCAGCGAACUGCACACUGUUAAGUCACAUCGAAACAUGAGCCGGCAAACUAAUCCGUCAUUGUCUUCUCAUUUUAAAGAUGACCUGUGCAGCUGAUGGUAAUCUGGAUGUUGGUUAUUUUGUCAUGUGGCACACUAUACACUUGUGUAAACACAAGUUUUAUGGCAAAGCCUCAAUGCUGGCAGACAUCAGGUGUGUUUUCAUCUAUGAAUUAAGCAGAGUGAAGAUGGGAUGGCUAGGAGGGAAGAACUGUUUAAUUUAAACCAAACUGCAUUUCACUAAAAACACUUGCUUGUGUGAUGAAGUUCAAUAAUUGUGGUUAGAAUUAUUUUAAUUAGAACUUCUGUGACAUAAAAUCAUUACAACAAACAUGUGCUUCAACUUACUGCGACAGUGAGGUGCACUGUCGUUAACCAGCGCCGCUUAAAUAAAGCCAACAGACUGCAACACAAUGAAAUGAUUACUGCUAAAUCUGAAACACAAAUCACACAAUCAACAAACAACUCAAAGAAGGUUAUUUUUAUCUGCUUUCCCCCAAACUUCCAGAGACACAUAAUUGGAGUUAAUUUGUUGUUGCUGAUGAAGAUUGUUACUUAGGUUUGAAGGUAAGAUGUGAAACAUUUGCAUUACUCUAAAAAAGUGCAAUAAAAAAAGAACAAGCAGGCCACAUCUGCACAAUCACAUCUCCACCACUGGCUGAUUGAGCGUGUUCUGUUAUUAUAAACAAACAAACACACACAA